CUUUCUAUUUCUGUGGAGCAUACUCACAAGGGUGUGUGCGACACAGUUGCGGAGCGUGAAUGUGAAACAGUUGCGGAGCUUAUAGACCCACCUGGAAGGUCUGAUGCGAAACAUAGUGAAGCAUCUAUCCCCACCUGGAAG